AUGUCUUCGCUCACGCUGUCGCUCCCAACGCCCCCGCUGGACGCUUUGCAGCCCAAAGUCCUCGUGGGUCUUGGCGGCUAUUUCUCGCAGAAACGCGUUGAAUCUGCGGGUCGAUCGUACCAUAAACGCGCACGCAAUGCCGCACGGGGACGGUCAGCCAGCUGCGACGAGGUGGAUGACAGUGUGAAGGCACGGGACGCACUGCGCAAACAUGAAGAGUCAGUGCUGCGCAAGUACCGCCGCAGUAUCCGAGGCAAGAACUUCUUGGAGCUGACAAUGUACCAGCAGCUGGGACUGAGCCACUUGGGCUUUGAUGUGACGGAUGAGCAAGUGAAGAAGGCGUACCACCGCGUGCUGAUUGAGCACCACCCGGACAAGACGGGCAAGACCGACAACGAUCCCAACUAUUUGGCCGUGCAAAAAGCGUUCGCAACGCUCAUGGACCCGCAGAAGAAGCGCGCGUACGACUCUCAGUGCGACUUUGACGAGUGGAUCCCGUCCGGUACGGAGAAGAUCGCUGAGAACGAGAGUAAUGGAGAAGGCAAGAGUUUCUACGAUCUCUAUGGUCCCGUGUUCACAGCGAACGCCCGCUUUAGUGCCAACCGACCCGUGCCAACGCUCGGUGGAGACGACAAGUCCAUUGACGAGGUGUAUGCGUUUUACGACUUUUGGAACAAGUUUGACUCGUGGCGCGACUUCAGUCACGACUCGGAACAUGAUGUGGACUCGGCGGAGCACCGCGAUCAUAAGCGCUGGAUGGCGAAGAAGAAUGAGGCUGCUGCCAAGAAGAAGAAGAAAAAAGAGUACGCUCGACUGGCGAGUCUCGUGGACCGCGCGCUGGCUGUAGACCCGCGUAUUCGUCGCGUGAAACAGGCAGAGAAGGACCGCAAGGCUCAGGCCAAGCGUGAGAAAGAAGAGGAAGCUCAGCGGUUGAUUGACGAGGAGAACCGCAAGAAGGAGGAGGAAGCGCGCGCUGUGCAAGCAGCCGAAGAGCAGCAGAAGAAUGCCCGGAUGGAUGCCAAGAUGAUCAAGGAGAAGCAGAAGAAGCUGCUGCGAAAGGUGAAGAAGGUGUUCCGUGAACUCAUGGUGGCUACGAGAGAGCAGGGGCUUGACGGGUCCAUUGACGUCAUCAGGACUGAAGAUCUGUGCGACGCGCUCGACAUCGAAGUGCUGCAAGCCCUUGUGGCUGCUUGCGGAGGAUCGGCCGACAAACUGGACGCCUCGGGUUUGGCUGCUGUUCAAGAUGCUGUAGCCAAGCUGUAA